AUGACGCAGGCCGAAUCUUCUUCAAGCGCUUCCAGUAAUGGUGCCAAAGCCUCCACUGCGGGCGCACCGGCAGGAUAUGAACUUCCUUGGGUCGAGAAGUAUCGCCCCGUUUUCCUUGAUGACGUUGUUGGUAAUACAGAGACAAUUGAGCGCCUAAAGAUCAUUGCGAAAGAUGGAAAUAUGCCUCACGUUAUCAUUUCCGGCAUGCCAGGAAUUGGAAAGACAACCUCCGUUCUCUGUCUUGCUCGGCAGCUCUUAGGGGAAUCGUAUAAAGAGGCAGUUUUGGAGCUGAACGCAAGUGACGAGAGAGGUAUCGACGUGGUGCGCAAUCGUAUCAAGGGCUUUGCACAAAAGAAGGUCACCUUGCCUGCGGGUCGUCACAAGCUGGUGAUUCUCGAUGAGGCAGAUAGCAUGACCCCGGGUGCUCAGCAGGCGCUGCGACGCACAAUGGAGAUCUACUCGACAACCACUCGAUUCGCCUUUGCCUGCAACCAGUCGAAUAAGAUUAUUGAACCACUUCAGUCUCGUUGCGCCAUCCUCCGUUACGCCCGACUGACCGAUGCUCAAGUUGUCAAGCGAUUGAUGCAGAUCUGCGAGGCCGAGAAGGUCGAAUACUCUGAGGAUGGUAUUGCUGCUUUAGUGUUCAGCGCAGAAGGCGAUAUGCGUCAAGCCAUCAACAAUUUACAAAGUACCUGGUCUGGAUUUGGCUUUGUGAGCGGGGACAAUGUGUUCCGUGUCGUUGAUAGUCCUCAUCCGGUUAAAGUUCAGGCUAUGAUCAAGGCCUGCUGGGAAGGCAAAGUGGAUAUUGCAUUGGAAGGCUUGAAUGAACUUUGGAACCUUGGAUACUCUUCCCACGACAUAAUUAGUACUAUGUUCCGAGUUACAAAAACAAUUCCAACACUCUCGGAGCACUCCAAAUUGGAAUUCAUCCGUGAGAUUGGAUUUACACACAUGCGCAUUCUCGACGGUGUCCAGUCUUUGCUGCAGUUGAGCGGCUGUGUCUCGAAGCUUUGCAAAAUCAACAUGAAGCCCGAGCUUUUUGUACCGCCCAAGGCCUGA